CUCAGAGUCUCCGGACUGAGACAGAAACAUGUCCGCGCUGCUGCUGCUGCUGCUCGGCGUCGUCUCUCUGAUCCUGUGCGUCCUGGGCGGCAGAAAGAGGAGAGACGGGGAGCCUCCACUGAUAACAGGCUGGAUUCCUUUCAUUGGGAAAGCUCUGGAGUUUGGAAAAGAUGCCCAUAAAUUUCUGGAAGAACAUAAGAAGAAGUUUGGAGACAUAUUUACAGUCCAGAUAGCAGGUAAAUACAUGACCUUCAUCAUGGACCCUCUGAUGUAUCCAAACAUCAUCAAACAUGGCCGCCAGCUGGACUUCCAUGAGUUCUCCAACAAGGUGGCCCCCGUCACCUUCGGCUACCCGCCCGUCAACAAGGGGAAGUUCCCCGGCCUGCAGGAGCACGUCAAACGCACCUUCCAGCUGCUCAAGGGGGACAACCUGCAGCUGCUGACAGAGAGCAUGAUGGGUAACCUGAUGCUGGUGUUUCGGCAAGACCACCUGAACCUGAGGCCAGUGGAAGACCUGAACCCGGGGCUGGAGGACCACCUGGACCCGAGGCUGAAGGACCACCUGGACCUGGACCCGGAGGACGGGGGUGGCUGGAGGACGGGCAGCAUGUACGAGUUCUGUAACUCGGUGAUGUUCGAGGCUACCUUCCUCACCAUGUACGGCCGGCCGGCGGCCGCUCGGCGCCACAGCGGGAUGAACCUGAUGAGGGAAGACUUCGUCAGGUUCGACAACAUGUUCCCGCUGCUCAUCGCUCAGAUCCCCAUCUGGCUGCUGGGCCGGACCAAGGCCAUCCGAGAGAAGCUGAUCAGCUGCUUCCUGCCGCAGAGCGUGUCGCGCUGGUCCAACACGUCCCAGUUCAUCAGGGAGAGGUCGCAGCUGUUCGAGCAGUACGACGCGCUGAGGGACGUCGACAAAGCAGCUCAUCACUUUGCCAUCCUCUGGGCGUCCGUGGGGAACACCGUCCCCGCCACCUUCUGGGCCAUGUACUACCUGGUGAGUCACCCUGAAGCCCUGAAGGUCGUCCGCCAGGAGAUCCACGAAGUCCUGCAGCUCAGCGGCGUCGAGUUCAGCACCGACCGAGACGUGACGCUCAGCAUCGACCAGCUGGAGAAACUCUUCUACAUGAAAAGCUCCAUCAGCGAGAGCCUCCGUCUGUCCUCGGCCUCCAUGAACAUCCGCGUGGCUCAGGAGGACUUCAGUCUGCGUCUGCAGGGCGAGCACUCGGUGGGAGUCAGGAAGGGAGACAUCAUCGCGCUGUACCCUCAGAGCAUGCACCUGGACCCCGAAAUCUACGAGGAGCCGCAGACGUUCCGGUUCGACCGCUUCAUGCAGGACGGCCGAGAGAAGAAGGACUUCUACAAGGACGGGCAGAAGCUGAAGUAUUACCGCAUGCCGUUCGGCUCCGGCUCCUCCAAGUGUCCCGGACGCCACUUCGCCGUCAACGAGAUCAAACAGUUCCUGUGCGUGCUGCUGCUGUACUUCGACAUCGAGCUGGAGGAGGGCCAGAGCCCAGCCGCCGUGGACUCCAGCCGGGCCGGACUCGGCAUCCUGCUGCCCGCCGCAGACGUCCGCUUCCGCUACAGACUCAGAGACGUUUAACAGAUGUGAGUGUCUGCAGCUUACCGAGUCGCUGCCCCAGUGCAUUGUGGGAAAGCAGGGGACUCAGGAUGGACCAGAGACGUGAGAAAGGGAAGACAGGUUUAUCAUUAUUAUUAUUAUUCAUAACUUUUAAUUCAUUGACCUGUUGGGUAACACUUUAUUUGACACCUAUCUCUAUAACGCAUCAUAAAUAUAUUU